UGUCACAGCCCCAUCGUGGUGGGGACACGGAGCUGCUGGGAUCGCACCAUGGCCUGGCUCCCUCUCCUGCUCACGGUGCUCGCCCACGGCACAGGUUCCUUGGUCCAGGCAGCGCUGACUCAGCCGCCUUCCGUGUCAGCCAACCCGGGACAAACCGUCCAGAUCACCUGCUCCGGGGGUGGGGGUAGUACCUACUGGUAUGGCUGGUACCAGCAGAAGGCCCCUGGCACUGCCCCUGUCACUCUGAUCUACUGGAAUGACAAGAGACCUUCAGGCAUCCCUUCACAAUUCUCUGGAUCCUUGUCUGGCUCUACGGGCACGUUAACCAUCACUGGGGUCCAGGCUGAGGACGAGGCCGUCUAUUACUGUGGUAGUUAUGAAAGCAACCCCUACACUGGUUCCACAGUGACACGGUGCAAUGGGGAAGUGAUACAAAAACCUCCUGCCAUGGCCGGAGCCAUUUGGGCAUUUCUGCUGUCCCCGUUUGAUGCUGGGGCAGUUCCCUGCCCUGUCCCAGCCCCACACUGCAGGGCCGAGUUCCCUCUCUGCUCCCUGGCUGGUACCCAGGGCACCGCCAGCUGCCUCCUUGCCUUGCGCCCAGCCCAGCCGUGCCAGGAGCCCCUGUGUACUAGGCAGCUACUUCUCCCCAGUCAGGGCUCAUUUUUGUCCAUAGGGGAUCCAGUUUCUUUGGGAAGAUGUUUUUAAAAGCCAUGUCAGGCAGUUUUUGGAUGGUUUAUACUCUGUAUGGCACAUCCUAUCCUUUUUCAUUCUCAUUCACUUCCAGGAAUGUCUGGAUGAGCCAUGUGGCAACAGUGGAGGGUGCCUGGCACGGCAUCUGCUGCUUGGCCCCAGCAGCUAAGGCAGAGCAGUGGUACAGCAGUGGUAUGUAGCCUCCCCGGUGUUCCUUUGGGACCAGCACUGCCUCACCUGCCCCCACUCCUGCCAAAGCCGCAUGCUGUGCAGGUGCUGAAGGGCCAACCCCCCUGGCACAUCCAGCACAGCAUCUCUACUUCUCCAUGUCUCUUUCCAAACUGAAAAGCUGGACUUUUGAGCUGAACAUUGUCCCCCUUUAAUGUCCUCCCUGAAACGGAACUGAAAAUACAUCGAAGUCUGAGAAAUGCUCAGCAACUGGUCAUCCACAAUAGAUGGUAUUGGCCUCAAGUAAAUGCUUUGCAUAGACCAUUUCAGUGCUUUUUUUGGCUAGUUUCAGACUGCACCAAUGCAUAAGCCUUCCCAGAGGCAAAGCAGACUUCUGAAACAGAAAGUGUUCCAAACCACAAAAUCUUCGAAGCAACGUUUAUUUCCUAGUGACUCAGGAGGUUCACUGAUUCUGCAUCUUUCUAUAACCACAUGCACAAACCACAGCAUCUGAAUAUUCUUGAGUUCAAUUUAAGUCAGUGCUAUGGAAAUUCAGCACUCCAA